AGUACUAAUGGUGAAUGACUCGGGAGUGGGAGGGGAGCGUGUGGAUGGAGCAGACCAAAGAAAGGAUAGGAAGUAUUCAUGCCCGUAUUGUCAGGAGGACAAUCAUAGGUUUGCAGACUGUGAAGAGAAGACCGAGUGUAUGAGAUGUGGAAAUAACAACCAUGGAUUAUUGCAAUUUUAAAUCGGACAUGAAAUGCUAUGUCUGUAAAGAGGUUGGUCAUGUAUCUAUGCUCCAUUCAGCUGUGAAAGUGGAAUUCAGGCUAGCUCUGAUUAACCAUUACGGGUCCAAAUGCUUCGGUCACUUCCUGGAGUCCAAGGAGGAACUAAGAAGAACAAGGAGUAUUGAUCAAGAGGGAUGGCUGGAUAGAGAGUUCCGACCUAAGUGGCGCGGAGUCAAAAGAAACUCUGUGUAUGUGUCUCCCUGGAAUUAAUAAGCAAUAAAAAGAUGUGGCUAAGGUUUCUCCCUGGAAUUAAUAAGCAAUAAAAAGAUUUGGCUCAUGUUUUUUAUGUAUUAUAUGUUUCAGUUUUACGCUUUUUCUAUAACAUGAUUAAUAAACGUGAAAAAGCUGUAGAAUAAUUGUUUCAUGAUGAUGGCAUUAGGGUCAGGAUUUAAAUGGCAUGAUUUUGUUGUUAUAAUUUGGAAUGAACAAUUUAUAUGCGGUAUAUUUUUUCCUUUUUCGCGGUUUUCAUUAACAUCGAUUAUUACGGGUGAAAUAUGCGGUAAUUAUAUUUGGUUAUAGAAAGCGACGAUCAAAUUGGUUUAUUUAAUGAUAUCACUAAUUGAAUAUAUGUUUGGAGAAGACGACAUUUAUUAUAAUUAUAUUUGGUUAUAGAAAGCGACGAUCAAAUUGGUUUAUUUAAUGAUAUCACUAAUUGAAUAUAUGUUUGGAGAAGACGACAUUUAUUAGCAGCGCUAAGGUUUUGUAGAAAAGAUUUCUUAUGAUGACAAGGUGUAGCGGGAAAUACAUGUAUCGAUGUCCAAAAUUAUGUUUCAUUCCGACAACUAAAUUUACGCUAUAGUGAUCUCUAAUACAAGUUGCGUCGAUGAUUUAAUUGUUUUCAAUAAUCGAAAACAAAACUGUCUGGAAAAGUCGUCUUUUAUUAGUAGCGCUCGGUUGGUGUAGAAAUGAACUAAUACGAUGACAGGCGGUAGCGCCAGUUACAAGUUUCAGUGCCCAAGAAUAUGAUUCUUUUCGAUAAUUAAAUUUACAUUAUAUCAUGGUUCUGUACAUGAAUUAAACUUGCAUUAUAGCUGUAGUGCUAAAAUUUCUUGGUGCUGUGUGUUACUUAUUAUGAUUCUUUUCGAUAAUUAAAUCUACAUUAUAACCAUGGUUCUGUACAUUAAUUUAAUUUACGUUAUAGCCGUAGAGAUCACAUAUCUUUGUUCUGUGCGUUAAUUAAAGUAACACUAUAAUUGUUGGUUAAUGGUAAGAAGGACGACAUUUGGUUUCUGAAAGGGCAAUCACGCAACCUCUACCAAUCCUGUCAAAAUACAGCGCGGCAAGCGCGCUUAAAGUUGUUCUAGCAUAAUUGUGACGAGUGAGUUGGCAUUUUUCUUUCAGGGUAUAAUUUUGGGUGGGAGGGGGGGGGGUUCAGUUGUAUGGUGGAUGUGUGGCAUAAUGGCUCUAAUCCUGAUUAUUAAAAGUGAUGGGGUGGAUGUUGAUAUGUUCUACAUGGUGAAGGAGCCUGAAGCUGAACAAACGAUUAGGCUAGCAGCUUGACUCUACUUUUUGCUAUAAAUAUAAUUUUUAUGGAAACUAUUUUAAUUGAUUAUUAAAUCUUUUCCUGGGAAGAACAGAGUAUUACUGUCAGUACGCAGAGAUGUUUCAUUUAUUUGUUUGGGAAGGAUCUUGUAAAAACAAAGCUUUAUAUGCACGUUUUUUGUACAUGAAAAUAUGACAUUAAAUAAAUUUAGUACAGGGAAUCUUAUUAGAUAAGAAGGCCAAACCACCUUUGAUUUAGCUCAUACUGGGUUGCGGUUUUUUGUUACAAUGGCAGCCAAAAAAUGUAUUAUUUGAUUAAUUGAGUUCAUGCUGCAGGCAGUAUCUGGCCAAGAGCAAUUGUUCGGUUAACUGCAUACCAGUAUCAGGGGAUUACGAAAAAGCAAAACACAAGAUUGCCCAUGUCUACAAGGCGGUCAAAGUGGGGGCACCAACGGUGGUCAUGCCUAAAAGGGCAUGGUCAAUGAUAGAGGUCCUGGAUGAGCUGGUUGCUCGGUUUUAUGUAGCUACUGAUGAUGUGCUGAGGGGCCAUAAAAGGGUGUUGAGGAAGAGAGCUCAAAGGGGUCUAGGGGUACAUGAUCAGGGCCAAGAGGGGGGGGAUGUCCAGAUUAGUGAGGACUCGGAAGAGGAAGAUGACGAUCCUCAUGAAGAGGUCUUGUCUAGAGUUGCAGAAACUAGGGCUGGCUUGCGGGGAGCUGCAAGCAAUAAUGCGGUAUUGAUAGUUUUGAAAGAUGUGAUAUCCAAACUCAAAGACCAAGGGAAGAUGGUGGGGGAACUUGUAACUUCAGUUAAUAACUUGCAUGAAAAGGUUGAUAGAGUAGAGAAGAUGGGGAAAGAACAGGAGAAGGUGUUGGAUAAGUUAGUAGGAGACAGGGUGGUGAGUGUGACUGUGUGGUGCUCCUUUUGUCGUGUUGCCACUCACCCGUUGGCGGAGUGCAGGUCAAGGAAGGAAUGUCUGAUAUGCUUCCAAGAUUCCCACAAACAACUAGUGUGUCCACUUAGGGGACUGGCAUGCUUGGAGUGUGGUGACCCUAACCAUAGUGCUUUGGCCCACAAGGUCAGUGACCCUGUCCUAAAGGAGGUUGUCAGAGCUAAGUUUGGCAAAAAGUUUACCUUUAUUUAAAGGAGGUUGUCAAAGCUAAGUUUGGUAAAAGGUUAGCCUUAUUUAAUCAUUUAAUUAAUAUCCAUAUUUUUCAGAUUUACAACAAAUGUCACUGAGGGAUAGGUGUCCAGGUGUAGUGGUUUUGUUGCUUUUGGUGGGGAAUCUUUUUACAGAGGUGGGUGGGGGGUCAGCGCCAGUUGAUUCCAAGAUAAUCAUGGGUAAGCGUGAUGGGUCAAGGGCUAAGAGUCAUAGGAUUAGUUGCAGAGGUCAGCUCGGUGUGGGGCAUACUGAACUUAGGGUUGGUUACUGGAAUUGCAAUGGCAUAAAAGAUGAUAGCAAGCAACAGGAUAUAGUGGAGACAAUGGAGAAAGGUCACUUAGAUAUUAUGUUUGUGGAUGAGACUCAUUUGAAAAGGGGGGGAAAUGAGGACAUGAGUGCGUUCAAACCAUGGAAUCCAAUGUUUAUUGAGAGAGGGUUUGGCCUUAAGAAAGGGGGUGGAAAGAUGGUGCUAACUUCGAAAAGAUUGAAUUGGGUGUCAUGGGAUCCGUCUCAGGGAGCUAAUGAGUGGAUUGGGAGUGAGAGAAUAUGGAUCUUAAUACAUAAUAAUGGGUGUAAAGUAGCGCUAUGCUCGGUUUAUAUGGCUGCUGAGGUGACGACGAAUAAUGAUUUUAUGGCCUGGAAUGAUAGUUUGUAUGAGGCAUUACAAGGGGAACUAAGGACUUUGGAAUUAGAGGGUUACCAAUGUAUGAUUAUGGGGGAUAUGAAUGCUCAUGUUGGAGCUCCUCCAAGGGGCAUUGCAGGGAACAGGCAAGGGGUAAAUACUAAUGGUAUAAAGCUGCUAAACUUUAUUGACAAUAACGACCUAGUGCUAAUGAAUAAGGAGGCAAACGUGUGUACAGGUUUGUUCACAAGAAUUACUCCACAGUCAUGCUCUAUUUUAGACUAUGUCCUUGCUACACGAAACAUGGUGCCUAACGUGAAGAGAAUGGUUAUUGAUGAAGAAGUUACAUGGUGCUCAGGUAGUGAUCAUGUGGGGAUAAGGGUGGACAUAACUUUAGAGAAAGCCAUGGUGGAUGAAGGGUCGCGAUUAGAUAAAGGGGUGUUCCUUAAGCAAGACAGGGAUGUUAACAUUGCCAAGAGAUUGAUGGAUGAGGCGAUUGAUGAUACAUACUGGGAGGGAUUGACAUUGGAUGAGAUGGGAAGAAGGAUCCAAGAAAUACUAGUAUCUUCUAAUAUUGAGGCAUAUGGUAAUGUACAGCUAGGUGGUCGUAGGCAUAAGAAUAGGCCUCUUAAAAGGUUGAGACAGGCCAAAAGACUCGCGGACAGGGAGCAGCGUAAACUAUCAGUUUUAAAGGCCACAAGGAUUCUAAAUAGCUUAGAAUGGUCUGAGGAGGAUCAGGAGCGGUUGGUGGCAGCUGCUGCGACUUGUGAUGACUUUGGAGCAGAAAUUAAGCGUAAAAGGAUUGAAUUGUCUGCCUCUGAUUAUAAAAAACGGAUGAUGAAGGGUUUGUCCAGUAAUGAGAAUUUCUGGAAAUUUGCUCGUAGGG